AUUGGAAGGUGAGACAACCUGAAAUCUGUUAUUACUGCAAGGUGAGAGCCUGAAAUCUGUUACUCCGUACUGCUGCUAGGUGAGACAACCUGAAAUCUGUUACUGCAGAAAUUCUUCCUCACAGUUGGUUAUCAGAAAUUCUGGUGGUAUCCUCACAGUUCGUCCCUUGAUAGCUACUGCAUCACUGCCUCCCAGAAGUGAAUGAUAGAUAGCAUCGCACUGGAUGAUGCCACCCGAUCGGCCGUCGGCCAUGUUCGCAUGGCGUGUUCAUUGCCCCAUUUGCCUUUCGCCAGGCUGACCGGAAGGACGGCCGGCUUUGAUGGCGCUGGGGUCGCCGUCGCAUUAAGUUGCGAGACGACUUGGCGCUGGUGUACCCCAUCGACCUGCUAAUUGUGGCUGUCACCGGACAAGGCUUGAUCUCCCGGUAAGACAGGCAGCAGCCGCGGCAGGCCCUCGUCGGUAGACCCAUGCUGACAUGCGGGCAGUACUCCACUGACCACUUGCAAGUGCAGAUUGUGCAGUGCAUUACUGCUGCUAGCGCAUGGUUUCCGUGCCUCGUUACCUUGCUGGCUUGCUGCCUAGUUAAGAAAUCGUGACACUGUACUGGGUUAACGGUCACGCACGGCUUGAAGGACGUGUGUGGGUACUGGGUACAGACCACUUGCAUGCUGCUGAUCCAUGGAAAAUGUGCGGGUGCGGCAGACAGGCUCAUUACUAGCGAUGUACAUGGCAUUAAUCUGAUCUCAAGUUUCGCCGGAGACUGCAGCGCCGGUGGCCGGCCGGUGGGGAUCACCUCUCGCUCGCCACCGUCCCCGCCCCCGUCGCUGCUGCGCACGACGGCCAAGUUGAGGAGGCACCAGGUACGCCGCAUAAACUGGCGACGAUGGCGAGAGCUCGCCGAGCUGGUCGAUCCAUCGACGGCUGUCUGACCCGGUCAGUCUCCGGCGAUCCGCGGCUCUGGUUGGUAGGUCGCCGGAGCCUUUAAAGUUUACCUCCUGCAUGGAGAUGGAAGGGCUGGAGCGUUUGACCUUCCUGGCGUCAUGCGUUUAAAGUUCAUCAUGAUCGGUAUGCUCUGCCUCGAUCUGGCGUACUCCAUAGUCCAUACAAGUGCAGGUAUCUCCAAGUAGGUCUGUCCCCUUGCAGUAGGUUGUUUCCCGGGGCAUUCCAAUAUUUCAAUCCCACCGCACAAGUUGACCGCAUUCCAAUAUUCCAUUAUUAUCCCGUGGGUUGACCGACCCUGUAGCUGAGCGUGAAUGCUCCAUUGCUCCCUCCUGUAAAUGUGUUUGGUAGGAGCUGUGGUACAUUGCAUCAUUUAGUACAGUACAUUGCAUCAUUUACCUAGGAUGCAGGCACCAGUACUGCAGGCAUUGCGUGAACAUUAGUACAUUGCUUGCUUCCAUCAGUAAUUUGCGAGACGUAUUUUUGAGUCUAAAUAACUCAUGACGGGACAAUAAUUAUCAAAUACAAAUGAAAAUACUAUAGUGAUUUACACUCAAAAUUUUAUGCAUCUAAACAAGGUCUAAAUCUUAUUAUAAAGGUACUGCAGCACUGUACGGCUGUACCUGCAUGGGGUAGCUAGAGUAUCAGUACACCAGGCAUGUACGCACAAUAUAUCAGAGUACGUAUAGGACGGGUAAUCUUGUCUACUGCAUCCAUCUGAUGUGUUGCUUGCACUGCAUCACUGCAUCUUUCUGAACCUAUUAUCGUCGGAUCGUACUAUUAUCAUUGACCCUGCAGUGAUCCGCCAUCACCGCUGGGUUCCACACUGGGACCCGGUGGUGACAGACUGACAUCGAAGGUUUGAUAAAACCGGACGGCGAUCACUCUAUUCGUUGUGGUGUGACGGGUGGCUGGUGUUGAUUUUUUUUGAGAGAAAAGUACUGUUGGUUGGCUGGUGACUGGUGGCCGGUGCUGGUUUGGUGUAUGAAAAAAAUACUGUUGGUGUGAGAGUGGAUAAGGCGAUUGCAAAGAUAAAUUUUAUAGUAGUGAUCAGGUCAAAUCAAGAGGCCACGAGACGGUAGGACAAUACACGCUUGCUUGGUUCCGUAGUUGAGCGUGAGACGGAGAGAGCUGGAGGCUUGCGUUGACUCGGAAGCUAUUCAUCACAUGCAGAUCGUCGCCAAGUCAGGAUGGGACAGCUAGCGGACGUCGAAACGGUAGAGUAGCUAGCAGGGCUAGUAGCCCCUCGAAUUUCUGCUGCUUUCUUGAUCGACAUGGUACGGUGAGCAAGCUUUCGUGCUCACGAUGGAGUAGUCAUCAGACGUCAACGCCUCAACGGGCUUGAUUUUGAUUGGUAGAUUGAGUAUACACCAUUACAUGUGGCUCCGUCUCUGAUGACCUUGUCACACCAGAGUAUUCGCGUGCAAGCUAGCAAGUUUUGCUGCAAUACUAUUACGACUACGACUGAACUUUGACUCUCGAUCGAUAGUCUGACUAGAUCAAGUCACUGUGCCAAAUCCACAUGCAAUGCAAUGGUCGCUCCACCGUUUGACUUUUGCUGUAGCGGCGCCAGGGGCUAGCUGACUCGUCCCAAGGUGAUGCAUGGUCUUCUUGUGCUACUUCUUGAGUAGAGUAGUAGUACUACUUUGCUAGCUACCCACUGCCGUCUAUACUCUGUUGUGCCCAGCGUACGCGUAUGGAUCCCCGGCUGUGGAUAUAAAUAAGGGAUGCAGACGCCCAUGGACCCUUGUCCUUCGUAGAGUACACUACACUACACUACACCUUGUACCCACCAAGUCACCAACACCGGCUUUUGUGCUAUCGGCGGCAUCGACCGACGAGCGGCGGCGACGACUCCGAUCCAUGGGGCGGCCGCCGUGUUGCGACAAGGAGGGCGUGAAGAAGGGGCCGUGGACGCCCGAGGAGGACCUCGUCCUCGUCUCCUACGUCCAGGAGCACGGCCCCGGCAACUGGCGCGCCGUCCCGGCCACCACGGGGCUCGCGCGGUGCGGCAAGAGCUGCCGCCUGCGCUGGACCAACUACCUCCGCCCGGGCAUCCGCCGCGGCGGCUUCUCCGACCACGAGGACAGGCUCAUCGCCCACCUCCAGGCGCUCCUCGGCAACCGCUGGGCCGCCAUCGCCUCCUACCUCCCAGACCGCACCGACAACGACGUCAAGAACUACUGGAACACGCACCUCAAGAAGAAGCUGCUGCUCCUCCACCAGCACGCGCCCCCCGCCACCCCCUCGCCGCCGCCCAACAAGAACAAGGGGCAGUGGGAGCUCAGGGUGCAGACCGACAUCGACCUCGCCAGGCGCGCCCUGCGCGACGCGCUCGCCAGCCCGCCGGCGGGGACGAAGAUGACCAGCGGCGCCACUGCCCCGGUGCUGCCGGCGCCGUUGCCCGCCGCCGAGCCAGCGCCGGCGUACGCGCUCACCGCGCGCGACGUCUCCUGCUGCAUGCUGGACGGGUGGGCACCGCCGACGCCUGAUGGGAAGAAGAGCGGCAGCCCGGCGACGCCGCCGCCGCCCGUCGUCGCCGCGGAGAGCGCGUCCGGAUCGACGUCGGAGCUGACGACGGAGUGUACUUCCGCCUCCAUUUCCAGCGCGUCUAAUAAUAAAUGCGCCGCGCCGGCGGCUGCCCAGCUGUUCCUGCGCGAGGAGGGGAAGGCGGUGGCCGGGGAGGUGCCGCUGUCGGAGAUCGAGUCGUGGCUGCUGGAGGACGGCGGCGGCGAGCAGAAGCCGCCGGCGCACGAUGGCACCCUGCUCGAUGCGGCCCUACUGCACAGUUUCGGCUUCUAAAUGCUGCUAUUUGGACUCUCUGCAUACGCUCCGAUUCUAGCCUAUGUAAUUUGCCGUUCUUCGCAGUGGCGGAUGCAGGAUGAAAGGCAAGAGGGCUGAAACAAUGGAGAUGCUGAUUUAUGUGAAAAUUUAAUGGUGAUUUGAUGCUUUUGC